CAUCAUAAACAUAAACGAAGAAGACGCGGCAGCAGCAGUCUGGCAGCUUGUGGCAGCUCAGUAUUUAGCAAGUUCAGUUAUCUUUAAUUAAUAAACACACUGAUCUGAGAGCGACACGUGAGGAAUGAGGGACUGUCCUCUGCGGCGGUGGUCCUCGCUCUGAGGGGACACCAUGCUCCUAGGGCCCGUAGCAGCUAAAGAUUGACGCAUUCGAAAAAAGAAGCUGCCGUCACGGCUGCCGCCGCCAUGGGAACGGCGUCGAGCGAGCCGUGCAUCUACGACAAACUGUCCGAGAGCAUCGACAUCCUGCGCCAGUCGGGCUACCGCUACGGCAUGUCGGAGAGGGAGAUCGAGAGGUUCAUCAAGCAGGUCCUGGAGACCAACGAGCCCCGGAGAGAGCCCCCGCAGUUCCCCAUCCUGAGGGCCACCAUCAAGUUCAUGGUGGCAGUGGGCUUCCUGCUGGUGGCGGUGCUGGCCUUCACUUACCCUCAGACGGCCCCCCAGCUUGGUCUGGUCAACCUGGGCUGCUACAACUGGUCGUCCCCCCUCAGCCACGUCCGCCUGCUGUCCCUGCCCAUCGCCAAGAAGUACAACCUGCAAGGUUUCCAUGAGUGGUGGAGUGCCGGCUCCCUCAGGCAGAGUCUGGUCAACUGUUCGGGCUGCGCAGAGAUCUCCUCUGUGCUGGAGGUCCCGGAGAGCCUGAGAGGGACGGUGGCGCUGCGUCGGGGGCCACAGCUCGUCCUGCUGAAGGGAGGGGAGUCCCUCAGCGUGCAGCGGCAGCAGCUCGAGGAGCUUUACUUGGCCCAUUCAGGCUCCAUGUCCAUCCUGCUGGAGGAGGACGACGGACUGCAGAACCACAACUUUGGACUCCCUCAGGGACCUGCCAACUUCACCCUGCUCUGGCGGUUCAGCUCCGGAACCAGGGAGAAGGUGUUGAGGUGGCUCUUCCCGAAGGCUGAGCUCUGCCCCCUCCUGGACAGUGCUGGGACCAUCCUGCAGCGGUGCCUGGUCACCCACAGCACAAACUCCCAGAGCAAGGUCAGGGCGUGCGCGUGUUGGGCUGGCUGGUGGUGGGUGAGGGGCUGCCGACCGUCCGAGUUCUGCCCGUUCAACGCUGUCAGAAACACUGCAGCUCCUUCAACCUGUGGCUGACGCCUGGAGACAUGGUGUACGCCGACCCUCGCUACUGGCAGAUGGAGCUGUUCCCCGGCCGAGGCCAGAACAUCAUCUGCGACGGAUCGACCUUUUAACGUCCGCUUGGAGCGGAGCGGCGCAGGACGAAGUUGAGGACUGGGAAUGUGGCAGAUCUGGUGUUUUUCGGAGCGUGUCGGCCUCUGUGUGGCCCCGCCCACUGAUGCCUUAUUUUUUUUUUCCUGACACCCUGCCCGUCUGAUUAACCUCUCAGUAAAAACCACUCAGAGAACUGGAAACCACCGCACACAUGACUCAAGCUUGGGGGGAAAUGGAUCUCCUUUACUCGGUUCAGAGGUCGGAGGUGUGACUUUGUCCUCGUGUACAACAAGUCUGUGAACUCCCUGCGUUAGUAUCUCUCACAGGAUGCUCUGCAUGUGCUUGUGCCAUAGUUUCAAGCAGAACUUGAAACUAUGGCUAUGACUACAGAUGUUUCCUCCGUUAAAAAAAACGUAAUCAGUCAGAGUUUUGUAAGUGUCUUGAAGAUGUUUGCAGCUGCACAGAUGGUUUUACGCAAACUAACAGAAAUAAAACCUUAAAUUGAAAUGUUUUCUUAAUCAAUGUGACAACUGUUAACUGCCCCUGACUUGUCCACAGCUUCAUUGUCAACUGAAAGUUAUUUUCAGAUACAAACUAAACACCUCUCCCCGACAGAAAUGUACGUUAACACCGUGUCAGACAUUCGCUCUGGGUCCCUGCAGCUGUUGAAGUCAUAUUAACGUUGUUGCGCUUAUUCCUCUUGAAUUUGAGUCAACUUCUGACUCAAGUAAGUUGAGAACCACAGGGCGAUCACUCACAACCCACAGCUCACUCUCUGUCCCUGCUCCCUAGUGAUUUGAUAAAAAAUAAUCCGAGCCACGUGUUCAUCCCGUCACUAAGCGCUCAUCUCCUUUGCCAGUGCAUUCUGGGAACUUGCCAGGAGUUGAUUGAUUUUGGCAUCUGGAAGUCCGUUUAACAAUGAUGUCUUAUAAGAGAUGGAAUGGGGGAAAGAAAACUUCUGUGGCCUAAAAAACUGAGUCUUUGUAUUGUGAUUUUUUUUUUUUUUAGACCAUGAAGGUUUUAUAUUUGUAAAAAGGAACUUGCUAGUGCUCACGGGCAGCACUUUCUCUGCUUACUAAUGAUAAUAAUUAUCAUCAAGUGGGUGGAAGAAGCCGUCUGAGCCAAGCGUCCAGGUCCUGUAAUACGUGCAUAGACGUCCACUACCUGCUGAAGUUCUGGUUCAUUUUCUUUUGUCAGUUCUUUCGCCUUUUUGUUGUAUUUUUUUACCAGCAGUCACUGUAUGUGUCCAGGGCAAAUGAACAAUAAAGUUUAUCUAAUAUAAUAUAAUCUGAUCUAGACAGGAGCAGAGAAAGAUUUCUCAAACACGUGGACAAAUAAAACCAAACACUGUCCGUCUAGAAUAACGCCACUGGAAUUUGGGUGAACUGACCCUUUAAGAACCAGUCGCUUCUCAGAAUGACAACAGGGCACCAGACCCAGAAAACAAUCAUGUCAUAAAUCAGCUUCUUUUAUUUUUAAUUAUGCGAUUUCAGACAUUGAUGCUUAUCUAAUUUUCAUUAUUUAUUAAUCGUAUAUAUAUAUAUAUAUAUAUAUAUAUAUAUAUAUAUAUAUAUAUAUAUAUAUAUAUGUGUUGUGAUAUUAUACUUUUAUCAUUUUAUUUUGUGGAUGACUAGGGUUUCCAUGGUGUGUGUGGGGGGUUAUGAAAUAAUUUUUUUUAUCCCAGAAUCCCCAGGUUUCCAUAUGCCACUUCUAACAACAAAUCAGCGGGUGAAUCUUUUAAAAUGUUCGCUUUAUAUAGACAUGUCAUAGUUUUUGAGGAAAUUAAAGCUUGUCAUGUAUUCAUGUUCAUCUGCGUCAGGCUUUUUAAAUCUUUGUGAGCAAUGCGAGUGGGUGAAAAUUAACGUUUUACACAACCUAAAGAAAUAGAGGAAGGUCAAAGACUUGAGUUAACAGGCUGCAGUUAUGAGCAGCAUUUGAUAAAUGGUCUCAACAAAUUAAAAAGCAGUUUUAACGA